AUGAGUCAUUAUUAAAACCCCUCUUACAAUCAUGCUCAAAUGAAAUAAUAAGUUGGAGUUUCCAAUUUGAAGAUGCUAGAUGGGGAGGACUUGACUGCUGGAGACAGAAGAAAAAUGUAGUAACUGUAGAUGAAAGAUUGGGUUUAAUAACAAACUCAAGAGAACUAAGCCAAAAAACAAUUGAACAAGCAGAUCCAACAAUAAUAUGAUUAACAGACUCUACAAAUAAAUCAGAACUUGAAGGAAUUAGAUCAAGAACAACAGAGGAGAAGAGUUGAGAUGGAAAUAGCAAAUCAGCAAAUCAAUAACUAAAUGGCUAAAGAAAAACAGGAUAGGGAACAAUACAUGGCAGCUCUGGCUUAAUAGGAAAAGAAAUAGCAUCAGCAAGAAAUAAUGAAUAAUGAUGUCUGGACUGAAAAUACGGCAACCUGUUAAAGCGCUUUGGCUCCUCACAGAGUCAUACCUUAUCAUUACAAAGGAAUGUCAGAAGAAUAGAGAUAACAAAUCAGAAAUGAUUAGGCUUAAUAAAGAUAAGAAAAUGAACAGAAAAGGUAAUAGGAGAAGGAAGAUGAAAAGAUGUGGGCACAAUAUAAUGAGCAUAAUCGAAAGUAACUUAUUGUUUAGGAAAGGGAAAAGGCUCGUAAAUUGUAAACUUUGAGGAAUAAUUAAAAAGAGUUUAAUUUACUAUCCUAAACUGAAUAGAAAUUAAAACUUAAAAAUGAAUAUGCAUGA